UCCUGUCUCAUCGGCGUGGGGGAUAGUGUGUUGACCAUCUUGUCCCACUUGUAUUCCUCACUUCGUCUGAUUAAGCCAUGCGCAAGAGCAGCAAAGUGACACAGCAAGAGCACAGCAAUGAACAUGUCACUGAAUCUGUGGCUGACCUGCUGGCCCUUGAGGCCCCUAUGGACUACAAGAGUAGCCAGAUGAGUAUGAACAUGACUGCAGGAGGUGCAGGGCCAAAGCCUGACAUCUCUCCAGACCUUGAGGAUGGCCGGCCGGCCUGGAACAGCAAGUUGGAGUACAUCCUGGCACAGGUGGGCUUCUCGGUGGGGUUGGGAAACGUGUGGCGCUUUCCCUAUUUGUGCCAGAAGAAUGGAGGAGGUGCAUACCUUCUCCCGUACUUUAUCCUCCUCAUCCUUAUUGGUAUCCCUCUAUUCUUCAUGGAAUUGGCUGUGGGACAGAGAAUUCGCAGAGGAAGCCUUGGGGUCUGGAAUUACGUCUACCCUCGACUGGGUGGUAUUGGUGUGUCUAGCCUAAUGGUCUGUGGCUUUGUGGGUCUCUACUAUAAUGUGAUCAUUGGCUGGAGCAUCUUUUACUUCUUCCAGUCAUUCCAGUACCCUCUGCCCUGGAGUGAAUGUCCUAUCAGAAGAAACGGAAGCCAAGUCAUUGUUGAGCCGGAGUGCGAGAAAAGCUCGGCAACCACAUAUUUCUGGUACCGUCAGACGCUAAACAUCACCAGCACUAUUGCUGACAGUGGAGGGCUGAACUGGAAGAUGACUCUGUCUCUGCUGGCUGCAUGGAUCAUCGUUUGUCUAGCUGUCAUAAAGGGGAUCCAGUCCUCUGGCAAGGUGAUGUACUUCAGCUCCCUGUUCCCAUACCUGGUGCUCUUCUGCUUCCUGGUCCGUGGACUUUUCCUUAAGGGUGCUGUGGAUGGCAUUGCUCACAUGUUUACUCCUAAGCUAGAGCUCAUGCUGGAGCCGCAGGUCUGGCGUGAGGCUGCCACACAGGUCUUCUUCGCGUUAGGUCUUGGGUUCGGUGGAGUUAUUGCUUUCUCCAGCUACAACAAAAGGGACAACAACUGCCACUUCGACGCUGUGCUGGUUUCUGUUAUCAACUUCCUGACAUCCAUCUUGGCCACGCUGGUGGUGUUUGCUGUGCUUGGCUUCAAGGCCAAUAUCAUGAAUGAAAAAUGCGUGGUGGAAAAUGCUGAAAAGAUCCUGGGCUAUCUGAACUCCCAUGUGCUAAGCCAUGACCUGAUUCCUCCUCAUGUUAACUUCUCCCACCUGACUACAUCAGACUACGCUGAUAUGUACGGAGUGAUUAAGACUGUCAAAGAAAGCAGUUUUGCUGAGCUGGGCCUGGAUCAGUGUUUACUGGAGGAUGAACUCAAUAAAGCUGUUCAAGGUACUGGUUUGGCCUUUAUUGCUUUUACAGAAGCCAUGACACAUUUCCCAGCAUCACCCUUCUGGUCAGUGAUGUUCUUUUUCAUGUUGAUCAACCUGGGCCUUGGCAGCAUGAUUGGCACCAUGACUGGCAUUACUACACCCAUCCUGGAUGCAUUUAAAAUACGCAAGGAGAUUCUUACUGUGACUUGCUGUAUCAUUGCAUUUUUCUGUGGCUUGCUGUUCGUCCAACGCUCUGGAAACUACUUUGUCACCAUGUUUGACGACUACUCUGCUGGCCUGCCCCUGACAAUUGUUGUUAUUUUGGAAAAUGUAUCAGUGGCCUGGAUUUAUGGCACAAAGAGGUUCAUGCAGGAUCUAGAAGAUAUGCUGGGUUUUAAACCAUGCAAAAUAUACUUCUACCUCUGGAAGUAUGUUUCUCCAACCUGCCUCCUUGUUCUCAUUGCUGCCAGUGUUAUUGAGAUGGCAGUUAAAUCUCCUGGCUACAAUGCAUGGGUUCAAGACCAGGCUAUGGAGCAGUUUAAGAGUUACCCUCCGUGGGCACUGUCCAUGUGUUUUGCACUCGUCAUAGUAGCGAUGCUUCCUUUGCCACUGGUCUUUAUUGCACGCCACUUCAACUGGAUUCCUGACGGCUCCAACAAACUGUCUGUCUCUUACCGGAAGAGUUUGACAAAGGAGACCUCUAACCUAGAAGAUGAGACACGUUUCAUCUUGGGCAAACACCCCAGCGAGACACCCUCUCCCAUGCCAAGCCACCGGGCAUACCUGGGCCCAGGUAGCACGUCACCUGUAGAACUCAUCACCAACUCCACAUCCAUCAGCGGCUACGGCAGCAGCUACCAGACCAACCCUGCACCGCCCAAGUCUGAGUCCACCAGAGACUGAGGAAGAGUGGAGAUAAAAGAGGUGGAAAAAGAGAGAAGCCUUUGGCAUUCAUUAUAUUCUAUCCCAAGCCAUACAUACAGAGGAAGGGAUAAGUAAAGAAAAGAUGGAAGUAAAAUAUAGAAAGUCAAGUCAUCUCAACUACCCUGAUCAGCAUCUGUUCAUUUGGUCUUUAAGCUGCUAAACAUAUGUACAGGUAAACAGCA